CAGCUUCUGAAGCACUAUGGCACCUCCAAACUUUGCUUUGUGUGUCGCAUGUCUGUUUGUGGUGAAUAUUGCUCACACAACAGCUUUAAAGCAGUCAUCAUUACAUUUUCAAUCAGCUGUUGGAAAAACUGUGACUUUGUCAUGCUUCUGUAGCAGUGAUGGAGCAAAGAUGUUUUACUGGUAUAAGCAAACUGUGGGACUCACACCAAAGUUGGUGUCUUCAAUCAGUUAUAAUGGCAACAUCACCUUUCAUGAUGAAUUUAAGAAUCCACGUUUCUCCCUGGAUAUUGAAAAUCGUAAAUAUCAGCUGAAGAUUUCGAAUUCACAAAUUUCAGACUCAGGUACUUACUACUGCUUAAGGAACAAUUUCUAUAUUCUUCAAUUUUGUGAGGGCACAACCAUCAACGUAAAGGGUUCAGCCCUGAAAAUCCCAGCUGUGGUCCAUCAGUCAGCAUCUGAGACCAUCCAGCCAGGAGGCUCUGUGACUCUGAACUGUACAGUACACACUGGGACCUGUGAUGGAGAACACAGUGUUUACUGGUUCAAAAACUCUGGAGAAUCUCAUCUAGUUCUCAUUUACACUCACGGAAGCAGGAGUGAUCAGUGUGAGAGGAAACCCAGCACACAAACACACUCCUGUGCUUACAAUUUGACAAUGAAGAACCUGAAUCUUUCUCAUGGUGGGACCUACUACUGUGCUGUUGCCUCAUGUGGACACAUACUGUUUGGAAAUGGGACCAAGCUGGACUUUGACUUUGCGGUGGACUCGCUUGUGUAUAUCUUGAGUGCAGCUUUGUCAUUCACCACCGUCCUGGUUGUGUUACUGGCUUUCACAGUCUACAAGAUGAACAAAAAGAACUGCCAAUAUACAGAGUCUAAUGUGACAUUUUCAACAACUUCUGCUCCAAAUGCAGCGCCGUGUCAAGAGACAGAGAACCUUCAUUACGCUGCUUUAAGGGAUCUCAAAGCCAAUCGAUCCAGAAGACAGAGGAGCAACACUAAUAGUGAAUGUGUGUACUCCAGUGUAAAGCAGUAGACCUGGACAUGUUUCCAGACCAAUUUCAGUAAAUAUAAAGGCAUGCCUUGCAAAUAAAAAGGUUUCUUUGAGGUGAUAUCACCUGUAAAACAUCAACUUUUUUUACCGUUUGCCUCCAGAUUUCAAAGAAAUACCCUCAGCUCUGCCAAAACACAGAUGACACACACUCUAUACUCUACUGUCCUCAGCUUCUGCAGCUGCUGAUGCAAGGUUAUUUUUCAUGUGUCAAUCAUGAGUGCAAAACUCAAUUGUUGGAGUAAAUUUAAGUAAGAAAGUGGACUGAUGACACUGAGCAAAACAUAUGAUAAUGAUUAAUCAAUACGAGCAGGUUUUGCAGCUCCUCCAGAUGGAGAAAACUUUAGUCAUCCAAAUUUCAUUCAAGACAGACUUAUUAAGAGUGAAUUACAAUAUUCACUGACGUGCCCAAGAAAUAUCAGAAAUGUGAAUAGUCUCAUCCGAUGAGGUUUGCGACAAUGAGACAGUUGCACAGCAAGAUAUUUUUACAUGCCAUAUCAGCAAACUCACAAAUGUAUGAAUACAUGCUGCAUUCCACUUAGAGUUGAUCCUGCCACUGUGCUUGUAGGCUCACUGUCAUUGGGAUGACUUGAUGGAACUCAGUUCUUGUUACUUUUAUUAAGUCCACUUGUGUUUUUCCUGCUAUGACAAGUCUGAAUGUCCUCUGAGCAACCGGUCCACUUGGGAUGAAAUGACAGCAGACAGCAGCAGAGAGGGGAGCAAAAUCGAAAGUUUGGCAGCAACGAUUCGAUAGGCUGAAGAUGAUCGUGACAUAAUGUGAUUGGUUUAACGGAUCAGGUUCUUCCUCUCUGAUUUUUACUUUAUGCCUCAUUACCAAAGAAAAACCACUUCUACAGCACAACAAAGGGUUUCUGUGGGCCGUGUGAUGCAGUUCCAUCACAGAAAACAGGCCACACUUUUCACUCUUUGUCUUUUUUUAGCAGUUUUGUGGUUGCCAGCAAAAGAAGAGAAGGUCAUGUGCCGAUUUAAGAUUGUCUUAGUUUGUCGGAAAGAGGUUUUUUUAGCAGGAUGUCCUCAUUUUGUUGCAGGAAACCUGUGUACCUCCAACCUUAAGACUUUCAGAACAUCACAGAAACCUAUAUCACAGAAACUAUUUGUUUAGAGGCUGAGGUUCUUUGAUGUUUCACAAGAUAAGCAAAAAUCACAGAUCUUAUGUAGCACUGCUUCUGCUGUGGUUAGCGAAACGUGAA